CCCCCCAGUCGGUGUUGGUAUGGCCUGCCUGUCAACAUGGCUGUCGCAUCAGCUGCUGCUGUAAACAGGCACGGUGCCGCGGCCAGGAUGGAGGGUGUAGGGCGGCAGAGCCGUACAGGGCCGGGGGGAGCCGUGAAGGUGAGACUGCGAGCUAGAGGAGGUGUUAUUGGGGGAAUAUAACCCUAAUCGGUCAGAGGCCGCUUGUAUGGGGCCUGGACCCCCUGCAGGCAUCACAUCCCAGGGCAUGUGUCUGUCCAUGGGGUCUGAUACUGGGCAUUAAACAAUGUCUGUCCAUGGGGUCUGUUACUGGGCAUUAAACAAUGUCUGUCUAUGGGGUCUGAUACUGGGCAUUAAACAAUGUCUGUCCCUGGGGUCUGAUACUGGGCAUUAAACAAUGUCUGUCCCUGGGGUCUGAUACUGGGCAUUAAACAGUGUCUGUCCAUGGGGUCUGAUACAGGACAUUAAACAAUGUCUGUCUAUGGGGUCUGAUACUGGACAUUAAACAAUGUCUGUCCAUGGGGUCUAAUACUGGGCAUUAAACAAUGUCUGUCCAUGGACUGAGCUGCUGGGGUCUGAUACUGGGCAUUAAACAAUGUCUGUCCAUGGACUGAGCUGCUGGGGUCUGAUACAUUAAAAAAUGCCUGUCCAUGGACUGAGGUGCUGGGGUCUGAUACUGGGCAUUAAACAAUGUCUGUCCAUGGGGUCUGAUACUGGGCAUUAAACAAUGUCUGUCCAUGGACUGAGCUGGUGGGGUCUGAUACUGGACGAAUAACCAUCUACAGCUAUUACUACACUGCCACAUAUUGAUGCAUGUAACUUUCCUGGAGCUUUGUGCGAUUUCACAUCAUUCCUAGUCAUAUUAUGGCAAGGUGGCAUGUGCCCUACUGCAGUGUUACUAGCCCUACCACAUCAUUGGCCAUACUGCAGUGUUACUAGCCCUACCACAUCAUUGGCCCUGCUGCAUUGUUACUAGCCCUACCACAUCAUUGGCCGUACUGCAAUGUUACUAGCCCUACCACAUCAUUGGCCCUACUGCAGUGUUACUAGCCCUACUACAUUAUUGGCCUUACUGCAUUGUUACUGGCUCUACUGCAUUAUUAGUUAUAAGAUUACACCUUGCAGACUGGUGGCUAUGAUGAUCUCCCAUUAUCCAGCUAGGAGACAUGUGAUGUACUAUUUCUCUAUUCUUAUUAUUAAUAUUGAUCUUGAGAUUUUAAUGCAUAUUUGGGACAUGGACGCUGACAUUCUACAUUUUUUGUUAAUGAAGUACUGCACAUAUUAAAAAAUAAUCUUAUUCUGUGCUCUCUGUUUCACUUUUAUAUGUGUAUUAUCAUGAAAAAGUAAACAUUGCAUGGGCAUUGCAUUAGGUGCCAGACCUUAUCACUCUUGGCCAUUGCUUUGAACAGUCUGCUGUAAACACGAAGCAGUUGUGCUUUUUAUUAACUUUUUUUUUUUUAACAGACUUUAUUAUUUGGUUUGUUGGAAUUGCACGAUACAGUGAAUUACUGAGUAUCUGUAUAAUAAAUUAUGCAGUUUUGCAACCUGUGCUGUUCUGUUAAUAAGCAAUGGUGUGAUAAUUUAUUUUCAAAGCAAUUUCAAGAGACAUUCUGCAGUAUUUUGCUAAAUUGUUUGCUUGAAAACUUCAGGUCUCCUAACAAGCAGAGAUCGUCUAUAAAUUGUGUUAACAUUCUUUUAAUUUAACACCAAGUUCUUUUAAAACAAAGUUUUUAGCAUGUGACAUCACAAUCCAGUUAAGUCCAAAAACAUUGUUUCACAUUCUUGUUUUCCACAUACCAUAUUCAACAAAAGUGCAACAUUUAUGAUUGACAGGGAGCCAAGAUGGAGACCUUCAGUUCUAGGCAACAUGUGUGUUUAAUCUUCAGACUUUACAAAACAGGUUUCCUAUAUAUAGUCACCAGUGGGGUACCUCAGGGAUCUGUACAGGGAUGUAAAAGGGGUUAAUUUUCCAGGAGGGAUAAGCCAAAUGGCAAAUGAUUUAGGUAAACUAGAAAAAUGGUCAGAGCAGUGGCAACUGACAUUGAAUGAAUAUUAUAUUAAAAAUCGCUAUCGCUCUCUCUCAUAUUUAUUUAUAUAUUAUGGUGGGGAAAAAUUGUGAUUGAAAACCCCUUCCACCUGAAGUCUGUGGAUAGUUAAUACAAUGUUAAACAAAAAUCUGCACACCAGUCAAGCCAUAAAACUUGCUGUCCCCACAGAAAUCCCAAAUCGGCAGUGAUGUUACAACCGCAAAGGAUUCUGGGUGGGCAUAUGCAAAUUAGUUUAACAAAGAAUCACAUUUUUGCCUCAUUCCAUUUUAAACAUGGAUUCCUUUUAAUCUGUGUUUGCAGAAUACAACUGUGUUCCAAGCAUCUCUUAGGAGAUUAACCUACUUGGGUUAUUUGUAUUUAUAAUGUCAUUCUAAAUGUAUUUUGAAUUUUAUAUGUAUAUUAAUUUCAAAUACAGUUCGAACUAAUUAAAAGUGGUAUAUUUUUUUUUUUUCUCCAAUUUAUUUUUUUAUUAUGAGCUAUAGUGCCAGGAAAACAGCUUUGUUUUCAUUGCACUAUAGUUUCUCUUUAAUCUGAUGGGGCACUUCACCCAGACUACUUAAAUAAGCUGAAGUGGUCUGGGUGCCUAUAGUGUCCUUUUUAAAUACAAUACAUAUGUGUCUAUUAGGUUUUCUUCCUGUUGGAAGCACAGUGACAUGAGUACAAAGAAACCUUCCAUCUUCCUUUGACAGUGGAGUGCUGGAAACGUAUCAGGAAAUUACAGAUUCUGAUUGGUUUUGGCUGUUGGAAUUAAAUACUCUUUGCAAAGUAUUUGGUAUAAUAUGAAUACUAAAGCUAGUUUGGUAAAAAUAAUAUAUUAAUAAUCCUGAUGAAAGUCCGGGCACGGACUGAAACGUUGUUAUUUAAUCGUGGUAAUAAAAGACACACUUCUUUGAUUAACAGGACCAGUGAGUGCUUUUGUUUGUGGAUAUUUAUGUUAGUAGGCUAAAGGAGCAGUGUGGCACUGUAGACACUAAUGCAAAUGCAGAACCAUGGAUAAUAAUAAUCUGUUUCCAAAACAGAUUUAAACUCCAUUACGAAGGGAAAGUGCCAAUUUCAGUGGACUGGUAGUGCACUUAUAUGUAGAACUUGGAAUUUCUUCCUUUGUUUUUUCCCUGCCAUGUUGACAGUGCUCCUGUUGUGUUAAUGUCAGAAAGCCAUUUCCUAUUUUACAGGCAACCAUUGCAGAGAACAAAUAAACAAGUGUACUGACAAUUGUAUCUAUUUGGUUACUAGGUUUCUGUAUCACUGUCCACUGAUGGGGUAACUGGUUCUUUACCAGGGCCGUCACCACCUCAUUCUUGCAAAUAGAAUGUGUAUGUUUUGUCCAUCCAUUUUCCUGCGCUGUAGAAAAUGUUGGCACUGUGUUCCUAAAUGAUGAUAAUUAUAUUGUGGAUUACUGUAGUCUAGGUAUGAUGGGACAAAGACUGCAAUUCAUAUGAAAAAAAAUUAAUUGAAUUUUUUUUUGGUAUUUUUCUAGAAGAAUAUAGCCAUGUGUUACAUUUUUCUAUACAUAACUUUCAUGUCUGUGCAUGUAAGUGGAUGUCUUUUUAGUGUAUAUUAUUUAAAGGGAACUGUUGGGUAAAAGAAGAAAACAAAUCAAAAUGAUUAAAUCUUACAUUUUACCAAAUUGACUGUAUGUUUAGAAUGAUCCCUUUCUGUAACAGCUGGCUAACCAUGAUCCAGCAUGCCUUUUUUCGAAAUUUAUAUGGUAAGAAAAUAUUUAUCUAUAAAUAAGAAUCAGGGUGGACUUGGUUUCCCACUAAUUCAGCAAUAUUAUAAAGCUAGUUUCCUCUUUCACAGCAUUAUUUCCCAAAUGGGUUUGUCCAAACAAGAAAGGUGGUAUGCUAUAGAACAGUUUUACUGAUUGGAACGAUAUAUAUGCUAUUUGGGUCAAUGCAAGAAACUAAUUCAUAAUAAAGCUCAAGCAAGCUCGGGCAGUUUAGUUAUAAACUGAAUUCUUAAAAAUUGUCAAAUAAAAGGGAUGUAGCAGCCAAAAUGACAAUAUCUAGAUUCUAGAAUGUGGAGACUCUACCAAAUUGGAGUUUAGUCAAGGCGCAACUCAACUUUCAGCUAAAUUUGAAAAGUACUAAAUAAAAAUGUACUCAAAGUAAAGUUCGAUGUAGAAGGAUGGAUCAAUAAACUAUCCCUGGUGUAAGCAAAAUUUAAAAAAGUGGUGUGUUUUUAUUUUUACUUGCUGCCCACUUGUCCAAGUGUUUUGUAAAAUAAGUAUGUUUAUUUGUUUCUUUUUUAUUUAAUGUCUUUAUGGAUGUUUGUGUAUACUUUUGUGUAUAAACGUAAUAAAGAAAUUAAAAAUGUACAGAAGACAAAAAAAAAUCACCUUCUGUAUUUUGUUUUUCUAAUUUAAUGUUUAUAGUAUUGGUGACUGUAGCAAACCGAUAACAUUUAACGUUAUCAAUGUAUCUAGCAGGUUUAUAAUGGAAGGAAAUAGAAGAUGUAUACGUGUAUGUAAUAUACAUGUAUUGCUAACACUAUAGUGCUGGGAUGGCUGUUUGGGUGACAGGACCCCCUGUGUGCAGUACUAUUCACUUUUUAUCCUGUGCCAGUCUUACUGCAACUGGCCCUGCCUCCAUGGAAAGCAUUGCUAGGCUACUGCAUGUGCGUAGCAAAACAUUGCGCUGCCCCAAUCAGCAUCUCCUUAUACAGAUCUAUUGCAUUCAGUGUCUCCAUGCAGAGCGUGGAGAUGUUAAAUGCUAGUUCUGCACACUUUCCGAUACUGGACUAGGACUUGGGUGGCUAGCUCAAGGAGAGUGGAGGCAGGCGAGCUGUCGGCUCAUUGAAAGAGAUGGCAGGAGGGCGGAUGGGUGGCUCAGGGAGAGUGGAGCAAGAGAGUGAACUGUAAUCACCUUGCUCUGCUCCCUUGCACACCCAGCAGUGAUGCCAGAAGCUGGAAUAUGAUGUCACUCCGACUCUGGCAUCAUUUGUUAAGCCCUGACCUAAGUCAUUACAUUUUGUGGGGUUGAGGAGUGGGCCAAUAUUUCAUGACCUUCUAUCCCAAAAUACACGAAUAAGUGUUAACUAAAGGGAUAUUUUAAAUAUUAAGUUUGCUUAUCUCUGUAUUUGUGAGGCGUGAACAAUAAAAUUUACAUGUAGACAUCACCUGUUCAUCCUGCAGCAGGGUGCUUCUUAGUCCCCCGUCAGUCAGUGUUAUAAUCUUUGUCAUUUGCACCUGUCGGCCAGCGUAGAGAAAACAUACAAAGAAGCAGAUAAAUGAAACCAUGCUUCCUUCUCUCAUCUUCAAUUGCAAUAUUUGACCUGACUUUUCCUUGUCUGCAUUGGAUUCUCUUGCAAUAUGUAAAAUCGUAAAUAUAAUUUUAAAAGAAAACGGAGUAUAUGAAAAUAAGGUUAAGGCAAGUUAUAAGUGAUUUUCAAUGGUUUAUUCUGUAUUGCAAAUUCCAGAGAAUUGACAAUUGUCUUUAAAGCCAAACUUUUUAUAUACUUUUAUGAGGAAUUCUGUUUCUUGUAUAGAAAGAUGACCCUGCCAAACACUUUAGCAUACUGAGGUGUUUUUUAGGAUCUCCCAGCCCCCUAACUCUGUACCGUAAGACAUAACCACAGCUGGGAACAUCAUUCUCUAAGACAGAAACCGGAAAACCACCUUAUGAUUUAAAGGGACACUAUAGUCACCUGAACAACUUCAGCUUAAUGAGGCUGUUCAGGUGAGAACUAUACAGUGUUUACAUUGAAAGCUAGGACCACCUCCAGUUGCAGUCACUCAGAGGGACUUCGGAGUUGAUAGAGGCAUAAUAUGCCUCCAUCCACUCAGAUCUGCUGUCAGCAGAGCACAGGGCAGCACUGUGCACAGCAUCAUGUGAUUCAGUAUCUCCUCCCUCUUCAUGCACACACUGAACUUUCCUCAUAGAGAUUAAUUGAUUCAAUUCAUCUCUGAGGAGAUGCUGAUUGGCCAGGGCUGUGUUUGAAUCAUGCUGGCUCUGCCCCUGAUCUGCCUCUUUGUCAGUCUCAGCCAAUCUUAUGGGGAAGCACUGUGAUUGGAUCAGGCUACCACAUGUCAGCAGACUGCUUGUUUUUCUGAGUCUAACAGCAUGCAGAUUUACAGCUUCUGGCUUGAAUACAGUAAGCUUUUUACUAUAUUUAUGGAGGCGUGGUGUUAACACUAUAGGGUCAGGAAUACAUGUUUGUGUUCCUGACCCUAUAGUGAUCCUUUAUGUCUUAAUUCUCAGUGCGCUCGUACAUAUGUGACUUUGUAUUACUGUAAUCCAUUGGGGUCUGCUUUCAGUAUAAAAAUAACACCCAAUUGUUUUCUCUGUUAAAAUUUGCAAAAACCGAAAACUUUCCCCUUGUGAGACGCUACAAGCUACUGAAUGUUUGUUCUUUUUAAAAAAACUGUAGGUCCUGGAAUGCGGAGUGUGUGAAGACGUAUUUUCCCUGCAAGGUGACAAAGUUCCACGUUUACUCUUGUGUGGCCACACAGUCUGUCACGAUUGUUUGACACGCCUGCCACUGCAUGGCCGGGCAAUACGCUGUCCGUUUGAUCGACAAGGCACUGAACUAGGUGAGAUUAUAGACACAUUCACAAUUCUUGUUCAGUGAUUUAUAUAAUAUUGUAACGCUUGUAAAUUGUCUUUAUUAUUAAGUGUUCUUGCAUAGCAAGACCACUUAAUGUUAUCUCACAUAUAUAUUCUUAUUCUUAUUAUAGCCAAAUUUGCCACCCUAACUCCUCCCACAGUUUUUACACUACAUAGACAAAAAUUUACCAAAGCGUGCAGAUUGUUCCCGAUCGGAUUGCUAUUACUUUGUGGAACGUUUCGCCGAAUGGUUCACGGAAUAUCGUCGUUCUUGUGGCGAAUUUGUCCCAUAGGAAUGAAUGGCAAAGCUAGAGUGGGAGCUGGCAAAAGCUGAAAAAUCAGGACAUGAUUUCUAAACUGCCACCACUCCCUUAUUUUCAGGCCCACCUACACAAAUCUUAUAUCAAAACGUUCAGCUAUCCCUGCUGCCACUAAACAUGUCAACGGCUAAGCCAUAGUCCUGAUAGUUUUCACAAUAUAAUCAUUUGUUUGCAACUAACGCCGUCCAUUGACAUUCAUUGAAACUUCACUCUACAAAGCUCAAAUUUGAAGUGCAAUUUCUAAACUGCGACUGUGCCUUCAUUUUUAAUACUUCAGAGACAUACUAUGCAUCAAAAUGUAGGUCUGGGUCUUGUGAUUCUCACAAUAUAAAGCUUUGCUGUAGGAUCUAUAGUUUUUAAAAUACGACCGUUUGAAGAUGGCAACCGCCAAAAUACUCUGACCUGUGUCAAGCUGCAGCAGCAAGUGAUUACAUAGACGGGGCCUUUUGAACACCUGCUAAUGUUUUUAUAAAUGUAUGGUUUAAUGUAACUGUGCAACAACGUUGCAAUUAAAGGUGCUAUAUAAAUGAUAAGUUACUCCGCCCACUCCAGUUGUAGACUACUGGUGGAGGCAAGAACACUUCACACAAUUUUCCCAGAAAUUGUAGCUUUUCUAGUUUUGAAUAUUAUUUUUAUUUUAUUUUUAUUUAGUUUAACAUAUUUGCUACUUAAGUACACUCUUUCUCUCCUUCCCAACUUGUAAUGUUUCCUCUUCAGAAUUACUGCUGUGCUUUAUGUGUUAUGGUUUUAAGAGUUGUAGUAGAGUUGUAGUUCAGCUGUGGGUAGGAUGGUUUUCUUUUUUCUAUUUUUUUAUUUUUUUAUUUUUUUAUUCUUUAUUAAUGUAUAUUUUAAUCUACGCCUUUUUGCAAAAUUUUGUCAUGUGCAGGAGAUUCUGGUGUUUGGGGCUUAAAGAAAAACUUUGCUUUAUUGGAACUCCUUGAACGGCUGCAAAAUGGAGCAAGUGGCCAGUGUGGCUCAGCAGAGGAAGCUGUAGGAGGAUCCGGAGAGGUAUAUGAUCACAAUAACAAAACACACAUUUAUUUGUGUUGCAUUCCCAAGUCAUAUUUCUGGGGUUGCAUGUUUGUGUUAAUGCAUUGCAGAGCAGUGCUCUCCUGACGUUUGGUAUUAGGGAACUGAUAUGAUAACAAGAUUUUGGUCUGGACUAAUUUUAAACCACUUGUGAUGGCUAUCCACACUCACAUACAUCUUACUAGUAUAAUAGCUCAAUAAUCCAGUAACUAAAAAUGGAUUUGGGAAUCCUAUUUUGCAUGAUUGAGUCCCUUUUAACUUCCUGUUGAUCACCUUCCAUUUAGGUACCAAGGAGAUGGAUGUGAUAAUUCUAUGCAUGUCAAAGACAAAAGUAUAAUAUUACACUACAUUGAUUGUAUUCUAAAAUGUGAACAUAUGCUUACUGUUUCAUAAGAGGUAAUUAAAUGAACACUAUAGUGUUAGGAAUACAAACGUUUAUUCCUAAAACUAUAGUAUGUCUGUAACGGAUCGCCUGGCACCCCGACUGGGUACCUCCGUUGAAGGAUGCUCCUAGUGCUUCCCGAGGCCUCCAAGCCCUCCACUAGACACUAUAACCACAGCAGAGCCCACAAACCGCUGCAGCUUGGUUGGGGUCUCGCCAUCGUCCACCCACUCUGGACCCAAGACCAGAAUCCAGCUUCCAGUAGGUAGACCCCUCUUAAUCCAGAGAGCAGGAACAAGCUCUUACAAGAGCUUAGUGAUUGUACCCUGUGGAGUAUAGUGAUUAUAGCAAUCCCCAGAGUGUAGGUAGUUCUCCAAUCCCCCAAACAUGAGCCAAGACUUCAUGAAGGGUAGAACAAGUCUGUUUAAUGAGCACAAAGUCAUUUCUUUUAUACACAUUUUCCCCACAAGGUUACCACCCACGUGGAGCACAGGACACUAAGGACACAAACCAAUCAAAACAAUGCAAUAAUGUCCUACACUCCCACAUACAGCACACAAGCCCUCCCCUCUGCCUGGGAUAUAAUUAAAGCAGCUAAUACAAUAACCUUAUUAUCUAAAGGCAGAAAAACACACAUUUUCCCCAAAGUCCUGAAAACACCCCCAAAACAUAACACAUCCCUGGAUAGCCCUGAUCUGGGUGAACAACAUAUCCAAAAAUCACCCAGAUGAGAGCUGGGGUUCAAAAGUUUUAUGGAAGUCACAUUUGACCGACCGCAAGCAUGGCUUUUAUGCCCAAAACAGUUCCACGGAUUUAGGCUGUGCGGCCGGUCUAUCUUCUCCUCUAUCCUGGAGAUAAUUGGCUUAUGUGGCUGUGGUAAUUUAAUUAUCUCCAGGUACAGAAAAUAUCUCUAAGUCAGAAACUGAUACAAAAACCACAUAAAAAUACAUAACUCUUAUAAUACAAUGUUUAACCUAUAUGUCGAACAUAUCCCCAGAUAGCUUGGAUCUGAGCACUCAAUAUGUCCAAUGUUAAAAGUGCCCUAUAGGACAAGGAAGGGUGGGGUCAGAAAAUAACAAGGGCUGAUGAGAGAUUGAGGAGGGACAAAGCAGCUAGUUUAAACUGGUCUGGCAGUGUCCCUGGGAUAACGCCCAGCUGGAGAAACAAUAGGACAGGAAAAAGGGGGAGGGGAAGAGGCACAUUUUCCCAUGGAUUUAAAGGGUUCGAAAAAGUGUUUUAAAAUCCAAUAUGCCCAAAUAAAGCUUUUAAAGGGCAAUACAUCCCAGGGGCCAUAGUCAUAGGGCAAGAGGCUGGCAAGCAGGCCUCUCCAAAUCCCAGUGAUGAAGGUGCUUUCGUCACAAUGUCCAACAUCGUUUUAUGGAGUUAAUCUCCAUGAGAAGCCAGGAAGUGCUGUCUGCAGGGUUAAAACAGCCUCUAGUGGCAGUCUCCCAGUGUAAAACUUGCUGUUUCUCUGGGCAUGAUAAUAAAGCAGUUUGAUAGUUUUUUUUUUUUGUUUUUUUUUUAUGCCUAUAGUAUCACUUUAAAUGUAACCAAUUUAAUUAAAUCCUAUUCUCUGUUUAGAAUUAUUUAAAAUCUUAGUAUCUUAGUAAAACACAGCAAAUGUUAAUAUUCCUGACCUUUCCCUCUCCUAACCCACCGAAACUGUUUUACAUUCUUUGA